AUACCUACAAAAACGACUUAAGUAGUACUUUAAAUUAUUUUUACUUAAGUACUUUAUACCACUGGGCUUCAAGUGGCACUAUUAACACACUAGUUUAAAUUGCAUUAAUGUAUUAUUUUUUUAAAAACUCUCUCAUUUCACCCAGAAUGGAUACUAUGUUUUGUUGUGAUAACUGAAUCAUGUUAGAAAUGUAAUGAAAAAGAAUGAUCAUCUUAUCAACUAAAGGGGACAGGGUGUUCUGGCUGUUUUGUCUGUUCAUGCAUGCCCCUCCUCGUUUAGCGCUCAGCCAAUCAGCGCGCCGUCACGCUGAGGUACAGUAGUCGAGCCCUUUCUCUAAAGACAGCAAGUAAUAAAAUAACAACAUUACCAACUGGUUAACAUACUCACCAUCACAAAGCGGAUAGACCAUGUCAUACCUUACUUACACGAUUUUACUUGCACUGUUUCAUCAACAAAUUGCGUCAAAAGCGGUUCCUGCCACCGCUGAAAAUAAUGGAACAAGUGUUUCAAACUCAUCCGUGUCUGACUACUUUAUGUAUUUCGCUUAUGGAAGUAAUCUGCUGAAGGAAAGACUGCAGCUGAAGAAUCCAUCCGCGGCUUUUGUUACAACUGGCAGUUUGAAGGAUCAUGUGAUUCAAUUUGGAUACUGGAAGAAAGAGUUCAACAACACCAACUCUUGGCAUGGUGGUGUUGCUACUAUAGAAGAGUCCAAGGGAGAUGUGGUCUGGGGAGUGGUCUGGAAGAUGGACAAGGACAACCUCAUCAGUUUAGACAAGCAGGAAGGAGUGGGAAUAGGAUUCUACAGUCCACUAGACGUUACCAUUAACACAGACGAGGGAGAGGUCCUCUGUCGCACCUACCAGAUGAACAACUUCACAGUUCACCAGACCUCGCCUCCAUACAAACAGGUUGUUUGUCUUGGAGCAAAACAAAACGGCUUACCUCUGGAUUACAUUAAGAAGCUGGAGGCAGUGGAAACCAAUGGCUACAGCGGUCCGUCCAUUUUAGAUGACAUCACCGCGUUGAAACCUGCUGAUAAAGGAAAAAGCUUGUAGAUGGUACCAGAGGAAAGAAGAUGAAAGAGAAAUCACUUAAUGUAACAACCUUAGAGGGAAAUUGACAUAAGACUCAGUUGUCUAAGUUCAAAUGUCCAUGUUGUACUUUUGUGCAACAAUCAGCUUAAGUAAAAAUGCAUUAAGAGUAAAUAAAAAAAACUAAGUGGCACACUGGUAUAUAUUCCCAAAUGUUCUGUGUAAAAUGUGAGCCAGUCAUUUUAGAUGUGAUACCAAAUAAAUUGAAAAAUGAAUGACAA